AUGGAGGCUCUUUUAUUCAACGUUGAUGGCGGAUUUUUAGAAGGAACAGUUCGUGGAUACAAGGCCGGUAUUCUCACUCAAUCGCAUUAUGCCAACCUGACCCAAUGCGAAAGUCUUGAAGACUUUCGAACGCAGCUUUCUGCGACCGACUACGGGAACUUUCUCGCUAACGAGCCCCUACCAAUCUCGACAGCAACCAUCGCCGACAAAGCUACCCAAAUUCUCGUGGACCAGUUCAAGUACCUACGGAACAACGCCGUUGAGCCUCUGAGUAAGUUUUUGGACUAUAUAACCUAUGCGUACAUGAUAGACAACGUGAUACUUCUCAUUACCGGAACACUGCAUGAACGGGAUACACACGAACUCAUUGAACGAUGUCAUCCGUUGGGUGUGUUUGAGUCCAUGCCAGCGCUAUGCGUAGCGUCAAAUGUAGAGGAGCUAUUCCAAAGCGUAUUGGUAGAAACACCACUAGCUCCGUACUUCCGCGACUGUCUCUCAGCUUCUGACCUCGACGAUCUCAACAUUGAAAUCAUCCGGAACACCGUCUACAAAGCUUACCUAGAGGACUUUUACGCAUACUGCGGUAGCCUGGGUGGGCCUACUGCGGACGUCAUGCAACGCAUCCUCUCUUUCGAAGCCGAUCGACGGACAGUCAAUAUCACUAUCAACUCAUUUAACACUGAACUGUCCAAAGACGAACGUGCGAGACUGUUCCCAGCCAUCGGCCGUCUUUUCCCUGAAGGAAACAACCAACUCGCGAAAGCAGAUGAAAUUGACCAAGUUCGCUCAGUCUGCGAAAAUGUUGGGGAAUACCGACAAUUUUUCGCUGACGCCGGUUCUUCCUCUGACGAAGACUCAGGAAUUUUGUCACAGUUGGAGGACCGUUUCUUCCAAACUGAAGUUCAUCUAAACAAGAUGGCAUUUUUGCAGCAAUUCCAGUAUGGCGUAUUUUAUGCGUAUAUGAAACUGAAGGAACAGGAGAUUAGGAAUAUCACCUGGAUUGCAGAAUGUAUUGCGCAGAAUGCGAAGGAUAGGAUUCAGGACUUUAUACCCAUUUUCUGA